AUGAGCAAGGGAACCGUUCUGCUCCUAAAGGAAAGACAAAAAUCCCAAGAAAACAUAGAUAACAAUGCGAGUCAGCCUUCGGAUGCGUACGAGACCAAACUUUCCUCGCUUUCAUACUCGUGCGUGUUUCUACCUGUCUUAUCUCAUUGCUUGUUAAAUAUAGAAGAGCUGGCGGAAAUAUUAAAGAAAGGGCCCGAAAAUAUAUAUUGUGGAGUUAUAGUUACUAGUCAGAUAGCUGUUGAAGGAUUAAGACUUGCAUGGAUGAAAGCCUUCGACCUUACUGCUGACGGCAAUGUAUCAACAUUAUGGAAAAAUCUGCCAUUCUUUGCCGUAGGAAAGUCAACUUCAAAAAUGUUGAGAGAUUCUGAUUUUAACGUGCUCGAUCCAGAAUCCACGAGGUCAGGCAACUCGGAACUGCUUGCAGAAUACAUAAUUCAGUUCAUGGAUGAAAAUAAAAUAUCAAGCGUUCAACCGGGGGCCUCGCUUUUGUUUCUUGUCGGCGAUAAACGCCGCAACGAGCUUCCCUCGC